CUGGCCCUUGUUCCCCCGCCACAUGAGAGACUCCUAUGAAAUGUCGGAGCCUGGGCUUAGAGCAUAAGCUCUGGCCUAAUGAGCGCUGUACGGGGUCGCCUACGUAGUCUAUACGGUCUUUGACUCUCUCCAAUGUAUAGAAUGGAAAAUCGUCUCCCGUGUAUGAUCAUCGCGGUGGAUGCCACUAGGCAGAUGUUCAUGUCAAUGAAUAUCCCCAAGAAACAAGGGUCUAGAGGCUCUUGACAUGUUUGACGUGGAGUAGCCCCGCGAGGGUGUACGCAAUGCAGAUUAUGUGGUGUAGGAGGCGUGCCAUGGCGGGUAGGCAGAGCGAUAACGAGAGAGGGAAAUGGGGGGAAUUGGUGUCUGCCUUGGGAAGGGAAAGGGCCAUUGCAUAAAUAGGGUCAGAUGGGGGUAGAGAAGAGAAUCCUGAUAAGCAGUUCAUUGAUCAGCGACGCUGAUCAAGGUCAGAGACUAAGACUUAGACUACUCGAAGACCACAAGUGUAGAAACUCAAGAGAGUCUCGCACACACUUGGGACUCUUGUUGGAGCGGGACCCCCAAUCACAAACCAGCCAAACCCAUCGGGCCCCUCUCCACCUUCUUCUCCCUCUUCCCUCCUUCUCUCCCUUUCCCCCCUCAACACUCUUAACACCAUCUCCAUACACACCCUCGUCACCUCCCCUCCCUCCCUCUUUUCUUCUUCCCGUAUCCCACUUAAUCUACAUCCAUCUCAGUCACAAUGGAAGAGGAAGUCGCUGCUCUCGUCAUUGACAAUGGCUCGGGUAUGUGCAAGGCCGGUUUCGCCGGUGACGAUGCCCCUCGAGCUGUCUUCCCCUCCAUUGUCGGUCGUCCCCGUCACCAUGGUAUCAUGAUCGGUAUGGGUCAGAAGGACUCCUACGUCGGUGAUGAGGCACAGUCCAAGCGUGGUAUCCUUACCCUCCGCUACCCCAUUGAGCACGGUGUUGUCACCAACUGGGACGACAUGGAGAAGAUCUGGCACCACACUUUCUACAACGAGCUCCGUGUGGCCCCCGAGGAGCACCCCAUCCUCUUGACUGAGGCUCCUAUCAACCCCAAGUCCAACCGUGAGAAGAUGACCCAGAUUGUCUUCGAGACCUUCAACGCCCCCGCCUUCUACGUCUCCAUCCAGGCCGUUCUCUCCCUGUACGCCUCCGGUCGUACCACUGGUAUCGUCCUUGACUCCGGUGAUGGUGUUACCCACGUUGUCCCCAUCUACGAGGGUUUCUCCCUCCCCCACGCCAUCUCCCGUAUCGACAUGGCUGGUCGUGACUUGACCGACUACCUGAUGAAGAUCCUGGCUGAGCGCGGUUACACCUUCUCCACCACUGCCGAGCGUGAAAUCGUCCGUGACAUCAAGGAGAAGCUCUGCUACGUCGCUCUCGACUUCGAGCAGGAGAUCCAGACCGCUUCCCAGAGCUCCAGCCUCGAGAAGUCUUAUGAGCUGCCCGACGGACAGGUCAUCACCAUCGGUAACGAGCGCUUCCGUGCUCCCGAGGCUCUGUUCCAGCCCAACGUUCUGGGUCUCGAGUCUGGCGGUAUCCACGUCACCACCUUCAACUCUAUCAUGAAGUGUGAUGUUGAUGUCCGUAAGGAUCUGUACGGCAACAUUGUCAUGUCUGGUGGUACCACCAUGUACCCCGGUAUCUCCGACCGUAUGCAGAAGGAGAUCACUGCUCUUGCUCCUUCCUCCAUGAAGGUCAAGAUCAUUGCUCCCCCCGAGCGCAAGUACUCCGUCUGGAUCGGUGGUUCCAUUCUCGCCUCUCUGUCCACCUUCCAGCAGAUGUGGAUCUCCAAGCAGGAGUACGACGAGAGCGGUCCCUCGAUCGUUCACCGCAAGUGCUUCUAAGCUUCUUUCUCUCUUUGUUCGAAGCUUUGAUUGUCGUCGCUCGUACUUUCCUGGUGUAUCAAAAGGCAGGAUGGAGGAGGCACUGGUGGAUCGCAAGCGUUGUUGGACUCGCAUUAUCAAGCGGAUAGCCUGAAAAUGGAAAUUCUUCGAUUUUAGUGGAAUAGAGUCGGUCUUUUUUUCUUCCUGAUAAUUUCCAUUUUUUUCAAGUCUUUUUUCUGUUCCUUCAUUCGCUUCUUGCGUUCUAGUGGACAUGCCUCCGUGUCUUUCUUUCUUCUCCCCUAUCCCCCCUUUCUAGGUAUCUUUCCCACUUUUCUAGUUUCUCCGUGCAAAGUCUAGGUUAUCGACGAUGUGUAUUCCAUUCAAGAUCCUGCAUAUCCGUAAUAAAAUCUCAUCAACCGCUU